GGGCAGUUCCUUGGACAUGGUUGGUGAGUUACAUUUGAGUCAAUCCACCAACCCCAACAACAAUUAAUUUCAUUCCAGUUUGCUUUGCAGAGGUAAAACAAUACCCAACUUUCUCGAGAAAGAGAAAGAAAAUGGUUCAAGUUAGCAAAUUUAUCGGUAAUGGAGCACAAAGCACCUGUAUUUUGCCCCAUGUAUCAAGACCCAGUUUGCCCAAAUCGGCAGCUUCAGUCUCUUAUGGAUUGUCUUCCCAGCUUAAAGGGUCUUGGGGCUUGGUUUUGAAGGAGAAUGGGAGCUGGGUAAGGAUUGCUGUGCCUCCACUCAGGGUGUCAGCAUCCAUGGCAACAGCCGAGAAGCCGUCAAGUGCAUCUGAGAUUGUGUUGCAACCCAUCAAGGAAAUCUCUGGGACUGUUACGUUGCCCGGCUCCAAGUCGCUCUCCAAUCGAGUUCUGCUUCUGGCUGCUCUUUCUGAGGGAACAACCGUGGUGGACAACUUGUUGAAUAGUGAUGAUGUUCAUCACAUGCUUGUUGCUUUGGGAAAACUUGGGCUACGUGUGGAAGAAGACAGUGCAAUGAAACGGGCAAUUGUGGAAGGUUGUGGGGGUUUGUUUCCAGUGGGCAAAGGAUCAGGUCGUGAAGUUGAACUUUUCCUUGGCAAUGCAGGAACAGCAAUGCGACCUCUUACUGCUGCUGUUACAGCUGCAGGUGGCAAUUCAAGUUACAUACUUGAUGGUGUGCCUCGAAUGAGAGAGAGACCAAUUGGAGACUUGGUUGCUGGUCUUAAGCAGCUCGGUUCAGAUGUUGAUUGUAUUCAUGGCACAAAUUGUCCCCCUGUUCGUGUAAACUCAAAGGGGGGCCUUCCUGGGGGAAAGGUGCAUGUAGCAGGAAGAAUGUUAUAUGAAAUUCUUGGAAUUGUGAAGCUCUCUGGAUCAAUUAGUAGUCAGUACUUGACUGCUUUGCUAAUGGCAGCUCCUUUGGCUCUUGGAGAUGUUGAAAUUGAGAUAAUUGAUAAACUGAUUUCAAUUCCUUAUGUUGAGAUGACUAUAAAGUUGAUGGAACGCUUCGGGGUCACUGUAGAACACAGUGGUAGUUGGGAUCGGUUUUUUAUCCAUGGAGGUCAAAAGUACAAGUCUCCUGGUAAUGCUUAUGUUGAAGGCGAUGCUUCAAGUGCUAGUUAUUUCCUAGCUGGAGCAGCAGUCACUGGUGGGACUAUAACAGUCGAAGGAUGUGGAACUAGCAGUUUACAGGGAGAUGUAAAAUUUGCUGAGGUUCUUGAGAAGAUGGGUGCCAAAGUUACUUGGACAGAGAACAGUGUCACUGUCACUGGACCACCACGAGAAUCUCAUGGAAGGAAACACCUGCGUGCCAUUGAUGUCAACAUGAACAAAAUGCCAGAUGUUGCCAUGACUCUCGCUGUAGUUGCACUUUUUGCUGAUGGUCCCACUGCCAUACGAGAUGUGGCAAGCUGGAGGGUGAAAGAGACUGAACGAAUGAUUGCUAUCUGCACUGAACUCAGGAAGUUGGGGGCAACAGUUGAAGAAGGACCAGACUAUUGUGUGAUCACUCCUCCAGAGAAAUUAAAUGUGACAGCAAUUGACACUUAUGAUGAUCACCGAAUGGCCAUGGCAUUCUCCCUUGCUGCCUGCGCAGAUGUCCCAGUUACCAUCAAUGAUCCUGGUUGUACCCGGAAAACCUUCCCAGACUACUUUGAAGUUCUCCAGAGGGUUACAAAGGUCUAAACAGCCUUCCAAAUUCAUACACGAAGAGAAACAAUGAGAGAGGAAGAGAGAUAUUGGGAUUCGUGCCACCAUUACUAGAAUCAGAGAGUGGGGGAAGAAGCCAAUAACUCCAACCUGUAAUUCAUGGUGCCUUGUGAUCUCUGAUAAGUUUAUAUUGCCAAGUUGAGCUUUUUACUUUUUUUCUUUUUGGAUGGUAGAAUGUAAUAUAACCUCUACUUGCUAGUCACUUGGUGUUUGGCCCCUUUUCAUGUAAAACAACUAUUGAAAACAAUAUAAACCGAAUUGGGCUUUUGGGUUUUCUCCGUUGUUUGGUUAAUGGGUAUUUUCCAUUUU